AUGGUUUGGACAUGUGCAGAGGACGGAUAGUGGAUAUACUGGACAAAGGAUGUUGAAGUUGGAGCUGCCUGGCAAAUGGAAGAUAGAGGGUGUCUUACAUCAGCCCAGUGAGUCCUGGUGAAGGCAACUGACGGAGAGAGAGUGAGCGAGCAACAGCGAGCAAGGUUUGGACUGUUACAUCCAGCCGCCUGCGUCUCACUGGAAUAAUCUAAAACCAUCAGUGAACAAAUGGUUUGAAACGAAAAAAAAACAAACCCUCUUAGAAGUUGGAAGUCUGUCUCUUUGCCCGUGUUUGGAAUGAAGCACCUGUGGGACAUUCACUUCCUCCUGCUCAUCCUUGUCUAUUUGUUAGGAGGCGUCACAUCACAGGUCAACCCAGGUGUGUGCCGGUAUCCUCUGGGGAUGUCAGGAGGACAGAUACAGGAUGAGGACAUUUCUGCUUCUAGUCAGUGGUCUGAAUCCACAGCUGCAAGAUACGGCAGGUUGGACUUUGAGGAGGGUGAUGGCGCGUGGUGUCCGGAGAAAACAGUGGAGCCAGACAACCUGAAGGAGUUCCUCCAGAUUGACCUGCGCUCCCUCCACUUUAUCACGCUCGUGGGCACCCAAGGUCGUCAUGCAGGAGGCAUGGGUAAUGAGUUCGCUCAGAUGUACAAGAUCAAGUACAGUCGUGAUGGCAGUCGCUGGAUCUCGUGGAGAAACAGACAGGGCAAGCAGGUGAUUGAGGGAAACAGAAACGCCUAUGACAUUGUCCUCAAGGACCUCGAACCGCCCAUUAUUGCUCGCUAUGUCCGCUUCAUGCCCGUCACAGACCACUCCAUGAAUGUCUGCAUGCGAGUGGAGCUCUAUGGCUGUGAAUGGCUGGACGGCCUUGUUUCAUACAACGCUCCAGUGGGAGAACAGAUGAAUUUGCCCGCUUAUCCUGUUUAUCUCAAUGACUCUGUGUAUGAUGGAGCGAUCACCUACAGUAUGACAGAAGGCUUGGGCCAGCUGACUGAUGGAGUGUGUGGCCUGGACGAUUUUACAGUAAGUCAUGAACGCAAUGGAUGGCCAGGAUAUGACUACGUGGGCUGGAACAAUGAGAGCUUCCCGAGUGGAUUUGUAGAAAUAAUGUUUGAGUUUGACCGCAUACGAAACUUUACCACGAUGAAGGUCCACUGCAACAACAUGUUCUCGAGCCGCGCCAAGGCCUUCCGUCAGGUGGUUUGUUACUUCCGCUCUGACUCCGACUGGGAGGCCACGCCGCUCUCCUUCAGCCCAGCGGGGGAUGAGAAGAAUCCGACUGCCCGCUUCGUCAUCGUCAACCUGGCUAAUCACAUGGCCAGUGCCAUCAAGUGCCAGUUCUAUUUUGCUGAUGCUUGGAUGCUGUUCAGCGAGAUCACCUUCCAGUCAGACACAGCCAUGUACAACACAACGCUGGCUCCACCCGAGCAAACACCUAACACACCACCAGAAGAUGACCCCACACACAAAAUAGAUGACAGCAACACCCGCAUUCUGAUUGGCUGUUUAGUGGCCAUCAUCUUUAUCCUUGUAGCCAUUAUUGUGAUUAUGCUGUGGAGGCAGGUGUGGCAGAAGAUGCUGGAGAAGGCCUCUCGUCAGAUGCUGGAUGACGAACUAACUACUAGUUUGUCAAUACAGAGUGAAACACUGGGCUACCACACCCACAACCAAUCGAAUACAACCAAUGCACAGGAGUCUAAUUCCACCUAUGAGCACAUCUUUCCUCUUGGUCCAGACUACCAGGAACCUUCGCGCCUCAUAAGUAAGCUGCCGGAGUUUUCACAGAGAACAGAAGAGCCCAGUAAGCAGGCAAACUCGGGUUCGACCAGCACUUCUGCUUCUAAAUCCACUGCCUCUUUUGCAGUCCAAGACGGCGUCCCUCACUAUGCAGAGGCAGAUGUUGUAAACCUACAAGGUGUAACUGGAAGCAACACCUAUGCCAUCCCUGCAGUAACUAUGGACCUGUUGUCAGGGAAGGAUGUUGCUGUGGAGGAGUUCCCACGAAAACUGCUCACAUUUAAAGAGAAGCUUGGAGAAGGCCAGUUUGGAGAGGUGCACCUGUGUGAGGCAGAAGGAAUGCAGGAGUUUAUGAAUAAAGAGUUUUUGUUUGACAUCACAGAAGACGAGCCCGUCUUGGUGGCUGUGAAGAUGCUCCGUUCAGAUGCCAAUAAAAAUGCCAGGAAUGACUUCCUUAAAGAAAUAAAGAUCAUGUCACGUUUGAAGGAUCCCAACAUCAUUCGCCUCCUAGCUGUGUGCAUCCACAGCGACCCUUUCUGCAUGAUCACAGAGUACAUGGAGAACGGAGAUCUCAACCAGUUCUUGUCCCGCCACGAACCAGAGGGACAUCUUGCUCUGCUUAGCAAUGCACCUACUGUGAGCUUCACUAAUCUCUGCUACAUGGCCACUCAGAUAGCCUCGGGGAUGAAAUAUCUAUCCUCACUUAACUUUGUUCAUCGAGACUUGGCCACACGAAACUGUCUGGUGGGCAAAAAGUACACAAUAAAGAUAGCUGACUUUGGCAUGAGCAGAAACCUGUACAGUGGGGACUACUAUCGCAUCCAGGGCCGGGCAGUGCUGCCUAUACGCUGGAUGUCAUGGGAAAGCAUCCUGCUGGGGAAGUUCACCACAGCCAGCGACGUAUGGGCCUUCGGGGUGACCCUGUGGGAGAUACUAAACUUCUGCAAGGAACAGCCCUACUCUCAGCUCACUGAUGAGCAGGUGAUAGAAAACACGGGAGAGUUUUUCAGGGACCAGAAACGACAGAUCUACCUGCCUCAACCUGUGCUGUGCCCGGACUCGCUCUACAAGAUCAUGCUGAGCUGCUGGAGGAGGAACGCAAAAGAACGGCCCUCCUUCCUGGAGAUACACAGGGCCAUCUUGGAAAUACAAUCUUAAGCCAGCGCAGUGUUAAAGACAGUGAUUCCCAGUCUGCUCAUCUCUGGAAGUAAAUGAAAAUAUGACAAUAACAGCAGACAUUAUCCAGGUUUAAGCUUGUCUCUGUAGAGAAACAGGGUUGGGGGCACUAUGUACUACCCAAAAGAGUGAGUGUGUGUCAGUUAUUAGCAAAAACAAGUUGGCUAAGAUGAUUUAUAGGCAUACAAAUAUUCCUCAAAAAACCAGUGCUGUUUUAUACUACGCUAUUCUUCAAACAUGCUUAAGAACAUGACCUAAGGCUCUGACUCAUGUCGAUGAAGCCUAAUUUAAUGUAGCAAGUGACAUUUGGCACUUUUGAAAAUAUAUUUUAAUUGCAUUUGUUAAUGUUGGUUUAAAUUUCCUAUGUUACAGCAAUUUUCAUAUUGACAACAAAACUAAUGCAACUGAACUCUCUAGUGUUUUCUCUUGGAAGACUGCUUGAAUGUAGAGGAGGAAAGUCCAGAAAAACCAUCACUGUUACAGUUCAGCUUAUCUCACAUAUCUAAUCGCCACACAUUUAGAUUGACAAGAAUAACAAGGAAAUACCAUCUUUUACACCUCCUUGACGUGGUUUCAACAUAAAAUGUAUAUGACUCUGUAUUUUCAACAGAUAAUUCUAAAUCUCAAAUAUCAAUAUUUUGUAUUAGUAUUUAUAUGUUAAUAUGUGUUUGUUCCGUUGGUUCUGUUUGUGCAUUAAUAUGCUCUUUAUUUGGAGUAUUGUAUUUGAUUCAAUGCGAUAAUUCUCUAGGUUACAUUUUGGAUUUCUACGUUAUCUUUUAUCCUGCUGCAAACUGUUGAGUUGAUCAUACACUAAGCUCUAUACCAUUGUGAUUGAUAAUCGAUGAGAUAUUGGAAGAUGCUUAUCAGCAAUCCAGGCUGCGUUGGUUCAACAGUAUGUGUUUACAGUCAGUGUCAUUGGAAAGCUGUUACUGAGAGUGCUGUGGAUGUUGAACAAAUGACAGAGAAAAUAAGUCUUUUUAAAAGCAGAUGAAAUGUAGGUAUUCAUCCUAAAUGGUGUGUUUGACAAGAACCAUAAGAUGCCUAUGAGUGAACGCUUUCACUGUAGUUUAUAUAAGCAAAUGAAAACUAAAAAUCUGAUGAGUCGUCUACAGGUUUAGCUAUCUGCAGUCGGCUUUUUCUUCUGUAUUAUUUCCUCUUCGAUUUGUUUCCAUGUGGCACAAGUCUGUGCGGCUUUAUUUUCCUUAACAGCAACUUUCUCUCUUUGUUUGAAGGUCACCCUGCACACCAGAGUUUCAGACAAUUUAACUGUGUUUACAGGCUUUGCUUUUGCAGGUCUUUGUCCCUCUUUGUAAAUCAAGAGGAAGCUCAGAUCAUUGCCCUUUCAACUUAUCCCUAUCUGGGCAAAGACAUUCUACAAAUUAAAUAUGAUAUUUGGUUUAAAGACGCAUUUGUGAAGCUUGCAGAUCUUCUCACAAGACAAAGAAAACAUUUCAUGGCAUUCUCCAUCAGCUCAGUGGAGGCAGAUGUUUAGCCCUAUGAAGAGUCCUAAUAUGUUGAGAUUCAUUUCAUCUUUGUACUCAAAUGUUUCAGUGAGAAUAUUUUAUAUAUUUCUGUAAGCAAAAGUUGUUCAUUAAAUAAAAAUUCAACUGGGAA